UUCAAGUGGUGUGAUCUUCAACAGCAAACGUCAAGCUUCAGGGUAGUCAACUUCGCAGAGCUUCAAAGUACAUUCAAGUCUUCAAGUUGUGUCUUCAAUGAGCUCUCAAAUCCUGAGGUUCAAGAUCUCCUUAAACGUAGUACCAAGAAAUCCAAGCGCCAUGAUUCGCCGACGCAUCCUCCAGAUGGUAAACUCCCAGACUUUGUCCCGGAAACCCCCAUGUCUCCGCAGGUGAAUAGUGCCAAGAUUGCACAAAACCCAUCGCUGCCGGCUAGCUACAAAAGGGCCCUUCGAAACUACAUGAGUCUCAAAGAAGACGACAAAGUUCUUGAGGAAGAAGAUGUAUCUGAUGAUGAGAGUUAUCGAGGCCAAGAGGACAUCGGUUGUCCUAGGAUUGUUCUGACAAAGGAGGAAAAGUUGAGGAUUAGGCGCCCAUGGCGCUACACGCUCAUUAUCCGUCUCAUGGGAAGAACGGUGAGCUACAGCUUUCUGCUACGUCGCUUACAAGCCAUCUGGAAAUCAGAAAAUCACAUGGAGCUCAUCGACUUGAGUCAUGAUUAUUAUCUGGCAAGAUUUGACGAGCAAGCAAAAUAUGGUGGUCUUUGGAUGAUCCUCGACCACUACUUGAUCGUUAAAGAAUGGGAACCAAAUUUCGACACCCAAUCGAAUGAAACGAAGAAAAUUUUGGCUUGGGUUCGAUUUCCAGAUCUUCUAAUAGAGUACUUCGACGAGGAUAUGCUGUUAAAGGUUGGCAAUAAAAUCGGACGUAUAAUCAAGAUUGACGACACUACGAGCUUGAUGACAAGAGGGAAAUUUGGACGAAUCUGUGUAGAAGUUGACAUAUCCAAGCAGCUGCUUGCCAAGUUUGAUCUGCAUGACAAGGUAUGGCUUAUUGAAUAUGAAGGUUUACAUUUAGUUUGUUUCAAAUGCGGCAUCUACAGUCAUAAGCAAGAACAUUGCGCCCAAGAUUUAAGAACAAGUGACCUUAAAUCAUGA